UUUCACGAAUUCCACGCAAAAAUUCGAUUUUUCAGGCCCCGUCUGACUUCUGAACGGCAGGUUUUUUCCACUGAAUGCGUCCCCGCGUUUUAUUUUUAAAAAAAACUGAGUCACUCGUAGUUCGACUUUGAACUUGAACGCACAGAAAGUUCGAAAGACGCGCAUUAAAUGCAUCAAGUGAAAAGCUGUCUCAAUUUGUGGCGCAAAAAUCACUAUGGAAAUCUUCUUCACGGUAAUCACCAUUUCCUCGCUGUCGAUACUCACCUGCUUCGCCUCCGACACCUCGAACGACGCGAUCCCGUCUGACAUCAUCGAGGAUCCGGCGGAAAACUCCGGCGAGGAAAUCAUGAAAACGGCCGAAAACGUCAUUUUCCGACCGUACUUCCAACAUCCCAUCCACCACCACCACCACGGUGCACAUCACCACAGCCACCACGGGAACCCGCACACCAACUCCCAGCCAGCCGUGGUCUCGCUAGAAAACGUGAAUCCAGGUAAAGACUCCACCCCGGAGAGCAACCUCGUGCGGAGAAGCUACGCUGUUGUCUAUCCCAACCCACGCCCGACAUGGUAUGCAACCGGCAGCCCACCGAACAGCAUUUACUACGGCCCGUAUCCCUCGCCCAGCUCGGCUCCAAACUAUCCGGCACAACCUCGCAACUGUUACUGCUAUCCACAAACGUCCUACCAGAAGUCGGAGGAUCGUUACAAUCCGGAUUAUUAUAAUAGACUGGCCAAUUAUUACAAUAAUUAUUACAAACAGUAUUCGCAGAGCUAGCGUUAAAGAUUGACGGCUAUGUAUUGCUGCCCUGUAGGCUGAUUGUUGAGAUUGAUAGACAUCGCGAUAGACAAAGAAGACUUAAGGAAUAUGGAGCGACCCAAUGGGCCACUAGACAAGGUGCGAAUUUAAGCGUUC